AUUGCCUCAGUUUUUUUUCUUUUUAAAAAAAACACAGAAGCAACCAUGAACUUCUCUCUUCUUUUUAGCCAUGUUUUGCUGAAAGGAAAAUCCCUGCUCCUAAUUUUCCUUCCCUUCACUUUCGGUCUUCCCGCCCUCCGCCGCACAGUGCUCUGGAGAUCGAUAAUGGGACUCUCCGGCCUGCUUUCCGGUCACCGGAACUCCGUACAAGGUUCCGAUUUUCACAAUUACACUUCAUGGCUGAAACAAUAUCCCAGUGGUUUGGAAUCGUUUGAGAGCAUAAUGAAAGAGCUACCGAGGAAGAAGAUUGUGGUGUUCUUGGAUUACGAUGGAACCCUUUCUCCCAUUGUGGAUGAUCCUGAUCGAGCUUUCAUGUCUCCUGAG